GAACUUAUGAUAAUCACAAAGAAAAACUAUAAAAUCUACAGCAGCUGUUUGUACUGUAUGUAGUCUGUCUGUCCGUAAUUGUACUUUUCUAUAUUUAGGUAAUAAUAUAUAUGAUAUUAAUUUUUACUAUUUAAUAUUUACGAUAUCUGAAUCGAUUUAUUAUUACACUCGUUUGAUUUUUGAGUGUCAUAAUUAUAAUAUUUUGUAUUAUUUGUCAACAAUGGCGCCAAAGAAUUCCAAACGUAACGCUUCUGAUGACUCUUCUUCCGAUUCAGACGGACCACUUGAUGUAAGUUAUUUUUAAUUUAAAACGGGAAAAUUGACAUCAAUAUGUUGUCAAACUAUUAAAUGGGAAACAACUAAAUAAGUCUGUCUUUGUCUAGGAAUAUUUGUUUUGUGUUAAUACUAAAAAAAUGUUGAAGUAUCUUGGUAAUCAAAUGAGAAUUGUGUUAACUUUACUUUUUGAAAAUCACGUACUUUUUUUUAAAUAACCAUUUAUGAAACAGUGUAAACUACAUACCAAUUAAUGAAUUAUUAGUUUUUUACUUUCUGUGACCAUCUAGGUACUUAUUUUUUUUUUCAACAAUUCCUAAAUUAUAAAAUUUCAAUAAACACUUAUUGAUAUUUCAAGCAUUAUUUAGUAUUUUAUAAACAUACUGAUAAUUAAACUCUAGGUAUUUAUUUGAGUUUAUUCUCAAAAAAUAUAAUGUUAAUAAUUUUAUUUUAAAUUAUUAGCAAUCAUUUUUUUCUACUUAGUAAAUAUUGUUAAAUCUAUAGAUAUUUAAUUCAAGGUUUAAUAAAAUUGUCAGUGAUUUCAUUAUGAUAGGUAUUAAUUUAUUUGUCUUAAAUGUAUGUAAUAUACCUACCUGUUUUAUGGCAUACCUAUAAGUUUAUUAAACACUAACAUAUAUAUUUUUAAUAUUAAGAACCAUUUCCCAUUAAUCUAUUGCAUUAUUUAUAACAAAAAAAUGCAUCAUUGAUAACUUUCAUUUAACUUGCAAUUAUUUUUUUUUACUUGUAUUUUGGACUUGUCUCGUAGUUAUUAAUAAUUAAAUAAACAACAUUUAAAGGCAAUUUAACAAGCUACUUAAAAAAGUUAAAUUUAAAUAAAUUUAAAGUACUUAUAAAAAUAAUAAAUAGAUUAUUCUUAUACGAAGUAACAAUUACGCAAGAAUAAUUAUUUUACUACUGUGAUUUCAAAAAAAUAUCACUAAUCCAAAACUGAAAGUAUCUACACAUAAGUUUAUGUGGAAAAUAUCUACUUAUCUUAAAAUGGUUUUCAACACUUAUAAUUUAAAUUAAAUCCUGUUUAAAAAGAUGAAAAUCAUUUACUUAUUUAACAACAAUAUACUUUAUGAAAAUAUUUUAUUUUAGAGAAAUCCUCCUCCAAAGAAAUCUAAACCAGCUGUUGCAAAGAAAUCCAAUCAAGAUGAAGUUUCUUUCGAACUGGAUAAAAAUCGUUUUGUUAAAGUAAGAGAAUUUAAGGGAAAACUGUUUGUAGAUAUACGUGAAUUCUACGAGAAAAAUGGAGAAUUGUGUCCAGGAAAAAAAGGUAUGCCAAAUUGCUUCUAUACCAAAAAUACAAAUAUUAAUUAGUGUAUUAUUGUUAUUAUUGUGUUUUUAUAGGCAUAUCUUUACAUAUUGCUCAAUGGAACAAACUUAGAGAGCAAAUUGAUGAUAUCCAGGAAGCUAUUGAAAAAUUCUAAAAAGUUAAAGUUCAACUACACAAUGUUACUUAUUGUAUUAACUUUGUUUUACUCAUUUCAAUAAUUUUUAGUUUUUUUUUUUUAAUUUGUGCGUCUAAGUUUUUUAGGUCUACCAUACUAUAAAACCAUUGUGUUAUAUAUGUUAAACUAAAUUUGUUUGUACUAUGUUCUCCUAAAGUCAAUAAUUAUGUAAUAUUAUUUAUGAAAAGUACUAUAAGUUAAUAUUAAUUUCAGUUAUUAUAAAAAAAAAUGUAAUGUUUCAUAAUAUUCAAAUUAAAUAAACUAAAUAUUUAUAUUUUAAUAAAAAUAUUAUCUAUUGUAAUUAGGAAAAGUUAGGUUAUACCCAUAUGAUAAUAAAUUAUUAAAAUCUAAAAAGUUGGUCAAAAACUACCAGUUUUCUAUUAUUAUUAUUACCUAUUGUAUAUGUCAUAUUUUUUGGUAAUUUAAACACAAGUAAAUAACACAAUAAGAUUUAUACAAUUACAUAUAUUAAUAGGUCUUUUUUUAAAUUUUUAAUCCAUGUUAUCGUUUCGGCUUCUGCUUUAAAUUUUUUUUUAAUGUCCUUCAAAUUUGGUUGACUUUAGUUAAUAUUAAAAUUUGUUCGGAUUUCCCUAGAGUUUAAGAGUUUAUUGUUGGUCAUUCAAGUUUUAAUAAGGAGGAAUGUAUUUAAGGCAAGUCUUGAUUUUGAUGUGUAAAAUACAAAAUAUUAUUAUACAUUUUUUUUAUUAAACUUUAUUAAAUUAAUUGUUGGCCGCUUUUUGUGUCAUUAGGAAUAAUAAAUUAUCAAUUUAAUAUUAACUCAAAAAUUUUACUGUCUAGUAACUGCUGAGUAUAGACUUAACUAUUAUUUGUAUCUUAUAGUUCAAAUCAUAUGAUAGUAUAAAAUUCU